CUUUACUUAAGUUCUCAUUACCACUCUGCAUUCUGGACUUCAAACAUCUUAACAUCUUCAACAUCGCUUAACAAGUAGAUUUGCGUAAUUAAAACUGCUUUAUAAAAAACUAAGCCAAACUUCAAUAGUUGCCAAGUACAUAAUACCAGCCUGUGACAGUACUAUACAAUCAAUUAAGAUGAAUACCUCUUCUGCAAUGGAAUCCAACUUCACUCUGGACCAAGCAAACUAUGUUGGACGUUUAGAAUCCAGCUUCCUCGCUGAAGUUUGUCGGAUGGAGGAAGGAGUUUUGCAAUCCGCUCGACUGAUGCCUUACCUGCGCGUCAUGCUGACGCAGGAUGGCGGAGCGACAAUUAUGGAUGCUAUAGCGAUCGGGAAUUUUUACCACGUGGAAAAAUAUGUUUAUAAGGUCGGGAACGUUUACCGUUUUCCACGUGGCAUGUUUGAGAUCCGUCCUCGUACAUCGCAGGACUCGUUAUCAAGUUAUCGAUACGACUUGUGGUUUCUGAACUUUUCUGUUGAGAAGGACUCACUUAAAAAGAUUGAUCGCUUAUUUAGUCACGUCUGAUGAAACGAGCCCCUAAAUCCUGCCGGACUUCAGAUUUGGAAUAGACGAUGAAAAAUAUGAGCAUAUACUAAAUGUGUACACUAAAUUAAAUUGCAUUAUGUGCUUGCAUAUGGCAAUAUGUCGUUAUCUACAUACAUUCACAAACAUCGUAUUGUAUUUUUUAUAUUAUUUAGUAUUUAAUAAAUAUUGUGAUUUUAUGCUUA